AUGAAACUUGAAGCUAUGGAAAUGCUUUUCCAGGCGUUGUUGAAGCAAGGCGACAGGAAUAAGAUGGUAACAUGCUUCAAUGCUCAGAUCUUUCGUGGAAAGCAGUGUAACUACCUAAUCAAUAUGUGUUGGUCAGAGAAACGGCUAGGUCCGGCAAGCCAAUCGAAUGAUAUCCUAAAGAGUGCGGAAGAGCAUAAAAUUAAUCAGGAACGACUUCUAUCUUGCCUCAAUACGCUUACUUUGUUCAGUAAGGUCCGGCCUGAACUUCUAGUCAAACAUGCUGAAACUCUCCAACCAUAUCUUUCAAUGAACGCAACGCAAAAGUCGGAAGUUACGGUGCUGAACGAAGUUAUUGGUAUGUUAGAACGAGUUGUGCCUCUCAUGAGCCACCCAAGUGACGCCUUCCUUACCACCCAAGAUCAGACUCUUGCGAACUUGACAACUAAUGCCAGCGGGUACCUUGUACGAGCGAAGAAUGCGCUGAAGACGAUACCUAAUUGCAAACUGGAUGAGCCUAAGGUGUUUCGCAUUGAAAGGUUUCUUUGUGGAGUGGGCGUUAUGGCGCGCUACUUUGACUUUGAUUCCAUCAUCAAAGACCCAGACUUCGACAGCAGGCUGUUUCCUGCCGAUAAUGUUCGUCCCGAUUUCUCCCUAAGUGCUAUCGAAGACAUCAACCAUGACGAUCCAGAGAAGCCACGACGAAUUCGAGAUAAUGUUUUCGAUGUGCUCUUCUAUUUCUCGAGCAGCACUGUUCCAAACCUCCGAUACAAAGCAUUCGUCGCUCUUGGUCAUCUUUGUGCACGAUAUCCUGAGUAUUUGAUGUGUAGAGAUGUGAAGGAUAUGUACCACGUUUUGCUAAGUUCUGAUGAUCCCAACUACACCCAAAUGCGACUACAGGCGCUGCAAAAUCUGGAAGAAUUUUUGAAAUCCGAGGAGUUGAAGCUCAUCAAGGGCGAUCAAAACUUUGGUAAAGGGAAAGAGCAAGAGAAUUUGAAGGAAAUGGAUCAAGCAGGUUCUGGACUUGGCUCAACAGUUAUUCAAAUCUACUGGCAGGCUGUUUUGCAGGGUUAUUUCUCUAGUCAUAGUGGAAUCCGAUGCCAUUCCGCACUGGUGGCGAAUCUUACGUAUACGCAAGGCUUGGUUACGCCGGGUACAUCGAUUGCGACACUGAUAGCCAUGACCACAGAUCCGUUACCGAUGGUUCGAAGUCGAGUAGAGGGGAUGUUGAAGGAUAUCGAUGCAAAAUACGCCGGAAUGAUCCAGACACCCGCCUACACAGCGCGUGUACGUAAGGCUUACCAGCUCCAGUUAACACGAUGCCGUGAAUCCACUCUAAAUGGGUGCAAAUUAUUGUUGGGGGGCGGCGGCGCGGGCGGGGCUAAAUUCGUGCAUGUGAUGUAUCCCCAUAUGCUACCACUGGCGACUGAUUGUUUAGCUCGUAUUGAUCCUUCAACCGGUCUUCCGCGUCAUUCCAAUGAUGGGCAAGCGGUGCUAAGCGGUCUGUAUCAGCGUCUUCGCGGUAAUCGGCAGCAUCGUAGAUCUUUUCUCACUAGUGUCCUAAGGCUCUUCAGCGAGGACUCCAGGGAGAAACUCCGGUUAGAAGAAUGGAUUUUCGUGGCGGAUAACAUUGCCAUGUUCCCUUAUCAGGUUUGCCUUUUGUCUCUUAAAAUUUAA